UUUUUCUAAUACCCUUCACCCACACACCCAUAUAGGGCACAGAGAAAUAGCCAUUGAAGAAGAUGAGGAGAAUUUCUCUGCGAAAUGGCAAUGGCAAUGGCAAUGGUAUUCCCUUUAUCUCUUUCUUUGCUGAUUCAGUAAUUACUGUGAGAAGUUGUUCUUCAUGUCAUUACAGUAAAGAAUCAAUUUCAGUUAAGGAUAAAAUUGUUGUAAAUAGUAGCAAUUUAGAUGAUGCUGUUAAUCUCUUCCAUCAAAUGGUUACAAUGAAGCCUCUUCCUUCAGUUGUCGAUUUCUCUAAAUUGUUUAAGGCUAUGAUAAAGAUGAAACAUUACUCUGCUGCCCUUACUCUUUUUCAACAAAUGCUGAAAUUGGGCAUCCCAAUUAAUAAUUUCAUCUUAAGUAUCAUGAUAAAUAGUUAUUGCCUGAUGUAUCGUGUUGAUUGUGCAUUUUCGGUGUUACCCAUUUACUUGAAAAAUGGAAUUCCGUUUAAUGUUGUCACCUUUAACACCUUAUUAAGGGGACUCUUUAGUGAAAAUAAGGUCAAAGAUGCAGUUGAAUUGUUCAAGAAGUUGGUAAGAGAGAAGAUUUGUGAGCCUGAUGUAGUCACGUAUGCAACUGUAAUGAAUGGGCUAAGCAAAAGGGGUCAUACUCAGACGACUUUAAGUUUGCUCCGGUUAAUGGAACAAGGUAAUACUGAGCCCAACAUAUAUAUCUACAACAUUGUUAUAGAUGCUCUUUGCAAAGAUGGAAACUUAGAUGCUGCUAUCAACAUUCUGAACGAGAUGAAGCAGAAAGACAUUCAUCCAGACAUAUUAACGUAUAAUUCAUUGAUUGAUGGUUUAUGUAAGCUCGGUCAGUGGGAAAAGGUUACGUCUUUGUUCUCUGAGAUGGUGAACCUUAAUAUUUAUCCAGAUGUGUGCAUCUUCAAUACACUAAUAGAUGGACUAUGCAAAGAAGGGAAAGUUGAAGAUGCCGAGGAAGUAAUGAAACACAUGGUCAGAAAAGCUGUAGAGCCUGAUAUAAUCACAUACAAUGCGAUAAUGGAUGGAUAUUGUUUGCGUGGUCAAGUCGAUAGAGCAAAGAGAAUUUUCUAUAUCAUGAUUGAUAAGGGCAUCGAGCCUAACAUUUUUAGCUAUAACAUACUAAUAAAUGGAUACUGUAUGACAAAGGAAGUGGAUGAUGCUAUGCAAUUGUUUUGUGAAAUUUCUCAAAAGGGAUCAAAACCUGAUGUCGUUACCUACAAUACUAUCUUGCAAGGUCUUUUUAAAGUUGGAAGAAUAGUCCAUGCUAGAAAAUUCUUUGCUGAGAUGGUAUCUGCAGGAUUCAUACCUGAUUUUUACACUCAUGGCAUUGUGAUCAAUGGUUAUUUUAAGAAUGGACUUGUUGAAGAGGCUUUGUCACUCUUUAGUAAGUUGGAAGGAAAGAGAGAAAUUACUGAUAUUGAAUUUUACAAUGUUGUCAUCAAUGGAUUGUGCAACAUUGGUAAACUCGAUGAAGCUCGUGCUAUUUUUGAGAAGCUUUAUUUAAUUGGAUUGCUUCCGAAUGUGAGAACAUACAAUAAGAUGAUACAUGGAUUUUGUCUUGAAGGGUUGUUAGAUGAAGCUAAUGAUAUGCUAAGAAAAAUGGUGGAGAAUGGUUAUCUGCCAAACGUCUUCACUUACAAUGCCCUUGUGCAGGGAUUUCUCAGGUGUAGAAAAAUUACUGAAAUGACAACUUUUAUGAAGGAAAUGACGGGUAGGGGGUUCUCAUUUGAUGCAACUACAACUGAGUUAUUGGUAAACGUUCUAAGGGAGAGUCCGUCCGUCCUUGACAUGAUACUAGAUCUUCAUUCAAAAAUUAUGAAGUGAUUCUUUCGCCUGAUUUAUUCGGCUACACUAUCAUUGUGAUGCAAUUUCCUUUAAGCACUGCAAAACAAAUGCUUUCUAUUGUAGUUGUUGAAGCAGAAAAGCCAAUUAGAACGUCGCUUGGGCUUUGCAGGCAGGCAUAUUGAAAAGGAAAGUAUUCAAUUAUUAAAAUGCAUUAGUAUGGAAUGUAAUACUUCUUUCUGGCAACUUCAUUAAGUUGAAAGUAUCAUUCCACUUCAGAGAGAUUAGAAAUCUGUCUAUUCACCCCUGAACCAAGAGAAGUUUUCCCUUAGUAAAGGUAAAUCAAUAAUUAUCAGAUUAAGAAUGAAUUUACUGUAGUUGUUUAUUGCGCUGGAUCUUCUACUACCAUUGCUUUUUUCACUCUUGUAUCUGCAAACAUUAAAGUCCUCUCCAACUACCCACCAAUCAUUCCAUAAAUCCCGUUCUGCCGCAAGUUCAUAGCACAAUAGCUCUCUUUCUGGAUUGUUGUGAGGUCCGUAGACACUGUGAAACCCCAUUUGAACUCCUCUUGUACUCUCCAUCAAAAUGAAAUGGUGUAACUGCCCCUAUGAAUUUCUCUGACUUUCCAUUGUCUUUUUUCCCAAUGUAUAGAAUGCCACCAGUUCUGCCAUUGGAUUUCAGCUCAGCCCAUUCAACCCAUAUGUUGCCCCAUAAUUGAUAAAUCCAGCUUGGUGACCUUUUCUCAACCUUAUUUCCUUGUAAUAGACUUAAGUUUGGAUAGAAUUUCUAUCCAAAUAGGAAAUCAUAAGUAUUUUUCAGUUUUUUUUUCUAAUAUUCCUUUCUUGUUUGGGUUGGAUUACCUAAUUUAUCCUUGGAUUAUUAUUCCACCCCCAUGGAGGGAUAACUUUCCAAAAUUUCCAAAUUUAGUCUUUUCAAAAAUAGUUUCUUUCUAAGGCGGGAUGUUACAUUGAUACAUCUAGUGACUUUGACACUUAAAAAAGUUUUAAAUUCCUCAGGAAAUCCUACUAACAACGAAGUAUAGUUCGAGUUUAGCUCAAAAAUUUAUGGGUUGUUACAAUCCUGGGAUACUUUAUCCCACCCUUUGCAACCAAACAAAAGAUUAAUGACCACCAAACAACUCUUUAGUUCCUAAUUUACCCUUACCAUUAAUCAUAGUCAUUUCCUUAUCACAUUUUUCAAGACAUUGUAUUUAUUAUAUUCAAAGGUUAACAUAGUAAAAUAGUCUUGAAGGGUUUUUGGAUGAAGCUAAAGAUAUUCUAAGCAAGAUUGAAGACAAUGGUUGUUUUCCCAACAAUGUCACUUACAAUGAUGUUGUGCGAGGAUUUCUCAGGUGAAAUGAAGUUAGUGAAAUGGCAUCUUUCAUGAAGGAAAUAGCUGGAAGGGGUUUCUCAUUUGAUGCAACUACAGCUAGGUUUUUGAUAAACAUUACAAGGGAGAAUCCUUCCGUCCUUGACAUCAUACAAAAGCUUCACUUGAAAAUUGGAGAUAAAAGUUUUAAUUCUCCAUUUUCUAUUGUCUAGUUCUGCGAGGUGAUUUACUAGAUGCCGACACAAAUAGUCGGUCAUAUGUAAUUUAUUUCAACCAAAUCUCUUUGUACUUUCUUUUUUCUCCUAUUCUCUCUCUCAUUAACUCUCUUGAAUCAGAUUAUGUCAGGAAAGUCAUAGAAGUGGAAGAUUAUCCAAGCAACAGAAGUUGGGAACUUUAUGACAGAAGAGGUAACUUUGAUGGCUUCUCAUAUAAAAGAAAAGUGCAGUAUUGAAAUGUGUUUCCUGCCAAAAGCUAUUCUAGUAGUUAGAUCUGUAGUUUGAUUGCAAGAGAUUCUUUAACAAUGAUGUCAAAUACGUUUGUGUGGGUGGUAGAACAAGCUCAUCACAUCAACUGAACUAAGAAAAUGAUCAAUUGGUGAGAGGUGUUAGUUUUUGCUUCAUUUCUCAAACGUCUAGCCUUUUUUUAGUGAAGUAUAGCUUAUUAAAGACUUCGCAACAUAGUCUAUCAGCUUCCUGGCUCAUUCCUCCCUUUGACAAUUCUACACCUUUCCAAAGGUUAUGAUCUAUCUCUGCAGAGAUACACUUCUACUGUUGCAAAGCUGAAAAUCCUGGGAAAUUGCUCCUUGAAAUGGCUUGUUCCAUAUCCAUCCGCCUUACUCGAAUAGGAUUUUUCUACUACCUCACAGUUAAAUUUAAAUGUGCUUUGGGAAUUUGCUCCACAAGUUUCUGGCGAAUUAUAUAUGGUCUUCACCUUUAUGUUUGUGCCACAUUAUAUUGUAAACAGACGCUACUGCUUUUCUUCAUAACAGAUCUGUAGUUUUGAGUCGGUUUGAAUCCUCAGGACUUGAUUCCAUGAUUUAUUAAGAUCAUAGAAUGACAAGAUUAUUCGUUUUACUGCUUGGAGGAGGGAUGACUCAUAUCUGAUGUUGUGUUUCUUCUCCAAGUUUGAAUUUCAUGCAGCAAUGUUCAGUUGGUUGGAUUUGAACAUGCUCUCCUCAAGCGGUGGAGCCAGGAUUUGAAGUUCAUGGGUUUUUGAAUUUGUCACCUAACCUGGUAGUUAGUGGGGUCGCACUUAAAUAUUCAUGUAUAUAUAAUUAAAUUCCUGACACAUGUACAGGGUCUAAGCAAUAGCUACUGGGUUCGUCCGAAACUGUAGUUAAUACUCUCCCUCUGCCCCUUAUUCUGAAUGGUUGCUGCUUCUGCAUGAGUGGUUUACCUUCAUGAUUUAUUAUGUAUUUGUGGAACAUUUCUAGUUAGAUUGUGAGAUCUUUCAUGCAUAGCUUCUAUUUCGAAUCAA